AUGGCCACAAGCGUUAACCUGAAUGUUCAGCUCUGGAUCCGUCUCGGUGAUGCGUAUCAGCAUGCGCUCUCCAUCCCCGUUCACGAGUGUCAGCGAUUCUCAUUGCAUCCUCUCACCUGGUUACGUUUUCUGGGGUACGCCAUAUACGGCAAGGAGGGUUACAUCUCCCGUGAACGCGAUGGCGAACAGGUCGCGGAUUACCGUCCUGAAGACAACGAUUUUCGUUUGCUUGAUCCGAAGGUGAUGGAUGACAGAACUUCCGUUGGGUCGGAAGUCACUAGUCGCCAGGCAGACUUCAGACAGGAUGUCGUCAAUCGUGAUAGAUGUUGCGUGAUGACUGGUUCAGCAGGGUCUGAGGGGUGUCAUAUAAUCCCGCAUUCAAAGGGGGACCAGGCGAAGUACAUGAAGAAUCUUGUUGCCCACAGGGAAGUAGUCGUCGAUCCGCCUUUAGAGAGCAUCAACGAUACGCGGAAUGGGAUCCUGCUUUUGAAAGUGCUGCACCGCCCGUUCGGAGCUUCUGAGGUCGCCUUUUUACAGACACCCAACUUCGCGAUGAACGUCGACGAUGUGCCCCUCGCCAUGCAACACCCCGUUGUUCUCGAUGGUCUUCACUACGCUGUUCAUCCAUCGGUCGCGAACAGUCGCCUCACCUUCCACAACUUCAGUUGCAGUGAUAAUGUAAUCCAGUUCCUAGUACCUCAUAUCUCGGUUGCGGUGCAAUCAAAUAAUGACUGCUCCCCGCCGCCUUUUCUCUUCGAUAUUGCCUAUGGCUGUGCUGCCCUCAAGGCGUGGGGAGUGAAGGAAUUUGCACAAUUUUCCUCGGAAAAAAGCAAGGAGUUUUACUACCACAACUGUGAAGAUGACGACAUUCAUUCAGCUAGAGGUGCAGGGCAGAGUAAGACGGUUCGAGCUAAGAAAGCAGGUUGUCAUUCGCAGACUAAGACACUGGCGAAGGCAGGAGAAAAUGAGGAAGUUGAUUAUUGGGACGUGGUCCUGAGAUUGUGGGCGCAUAAUGCAAGGAAGGACUUGCAUCGGGCACGUAUGAUGCAGAAGGAGCAAACCAGGGAGAGCAUUCAAAAUCCGACCACGCUGCUCACGAGUCACUAUGGCGGACACCACGCUAAUACGGGCGCCACGGCCAACCGCUAUGGACUCUGUGACCACAGCUUAACUUGA